CAUUGCUUCUUAUGUCUUACAUAUUUGGGUGAGUGAAGGUGAGUUCCACUCAUAUUCAAAUGUUAUUAUUCCCUAUGCAGCUUCUUUGUAUCUAUAAGCAGCCACCAUCACUUUUUGCAACACUUUCUAAACAGUUAGUACAACAAAGUGAUCAAGGCAUAUUCAAACAUAGAAGGUUCAUCACAAAACCUUAUUCAUUUUCUUCAUGUUGCAUAGUUCAUGCAUUGAAGGAAGAUUCAAAGCAAUAUGAGAUAGAUCCAGAGAAGGCUAAAGAAGCCCUCAAAGAGCUUGAUCAGAAAAUCCAAUCUAUCCCUAAUAAACAAGUUUCCUCUCCAAAAAUUAAGGAUGUGAAGGCUACAAGAGACGAAGUGAUAAGUGAGAAUGGCAAAUUAGAAAUUUCAGAGUCGUUUCUUGCAACUCUAGCUGGUGGACUUGUUCUCUUUACUAUAUUUUACAAUGUACUAUUUAUUACUGUAAUUAAGCCAUCCAUUGACGGUCCAUAAUUUAUAUAUGAGGGACAAACAUAUUAAUUAAUUUACUGAACACUUGCUACAUAUAAAUUAAUUGAAGAUUUGGAACUAUAUAGAUGUAGAAUUGAUUCCAUGAAAAAUUAGAAUUUGCA